AUGGAAGUAGGACGAAAAAGAUUGAGAACAGAUGUAGAUGACAGAAGUCGUCAGCAGAAAUACCUAGUAACGAGCAGAUUAGUCGAACAAAAUGACAAGAUAUUGAUGCAAAAAGUUUAUGAAAAGACAUUAAGUAUGAUGUUCUCUGGAUCUCGUCAACGAAAGAGCCUUGAAAGUGUCGAAAAUGACGGGGAAAUAUUAGACAAAACAUUAGAAGAUAAAAUUGAAGAUAAACUGCCAACCAACUCUCUUGGAUGUAAAUUGUGCCUUAAAGACAUCGACACAUCCUUAAACAAUAGUAUUUGUAGUUGUUGUAACUUGAAAAUUUGUGAGGCUUGCAAGGAGCAUUGCUCUUACUGCUCAAAAAGCUUGUGCGUAAACUGUGUUAACAUCUUCGGAUGCUCCAUUCAAACUGAUGAUUUUGCUACCCCAAUUUGUGAGGACUGCAAAAGUUUUGUAGAUUAG